AUGGGGAUACAGGGAUUGUUACCUCUAUUGAAGUCGAUUAUGGUUCCGAUUCAUAUGAAGGAUCUGGAGGGCUGUUCAGUCGCCGUGGAUACCUAUUCUUGGCUUCAUAAAGGAGCUCUUUCUUGCAGCAAAGAGCUCUGCAACCUUCUACCUACUUCCAAGCAUGUCGAUUAUUGUAUGCACCGAGUGAAUUUGCUGCGGCAUUAUGGUAUUAAACCUGUUUUGGUCUUCGAUGGAGGUCAUUUACCAAUGAAGAAUGAGCAGGAGAUAAAGCGUGCAAGGUCAAGGAAGGAAAAUCUUGUGCGUGCUAUUGAGCAUGAUUCAUGUGGAAAUGCAUCAGCAGCUUAUGAAUGCUAUCAAAAAGCUGUGGAUAUAUCACCUGCAAUUGCAUAUGAACUGAUACAGGUGUUGAAACAAGAAAAUAUUUCAUACGUUGUGGCCCCUUAUGAGGCUGAUGCCCAAAUGACAUUCUUGGCCAUCAGCAAGCAUGUUGAUGCUGUGAUUACUGAAGACUCGGACUUAAUACCAUUUGGUUGCCCUAGAAUCAUCUACAAGAUGGACAAAUUCGGGCAAGGUGUUGAAUUUCAGCAUUCAAAACUACAACAUAACAAAGACCUGAAUUUGACAGGUUUUACCAAGCAAAUGAUUCUAGAAAUGUGCAUUCUCAGUGGUUGUGACUAUUUGCAAUCUUUGCCAGGAAUGGGCUUGAAAAAAGCUAAUGCACUAAUAAAGAAAUUUAAAAGCUAUGACAAGGUAAUCAAGCACUUGAAGUUUAGUGGCAUUGCUGUUCCGCUUCUCUACGAAGAAUCUUUCAGGAAAGCAAUAAUGACUUUCCAGCAUCAAAGAGUUUAUGAUCCACUCACGGAAGAUAUUGUUCAUUUGUCGGAUUUGUCUGACAAUAUUGAUGAAGAUCUAGAUUUCUUAGGGCCAUUGAUACCCCAAAAUCUAGCCAAAGGCAUAGCAAGUGGAGAUAUUGAUCCUUUUACCAAAUUGCCUAUCCAGGGAGAGAGUGUUAAAGCAGAACCCCUGCUUGAUGGAAUUUACAAUCUUAAAAGCUUCAAAUCCGGAGACGCAAACAAGAGGCUGGACUUACCUGCACAGAAAAAUCUCUUAACCAACUAUUUCUGUUUUGCAUCUCUCGAAGCAAAGAGGAAGUUCAGGGCCCCUCGAGUUUCUCCAAAACACUCAACUCCGACAAAUGCAACUCCUCAGAUCGACAUAUGCGAAGAAAUUGUGGAUACCAUUGCUGCAAGAAAGACCUCGAUGCUUUUGGAAUUACCAUCUCACGAUGACAAGCGAAAUGUAAAACAUUCAAAGCAUCCAAUACACCCUUGUAUAGCCUCACAACAAAAGGACUUGGAAUCUAAUUCUUCCUUCGAUGCAAUUGAUGGCAAAACAAGGGUGCAGAAGAAAACUGUCGUGAGGAGCUGUUAUUUUCAACACAAAAAUGUGGAAGAAAAUGAUCUGGCAAACACGAAAACGAACCCGUCAGUUUGUGAUGAUGAGGUCACAGUGGUGAGACAGAAUCCAACUUCUGAUGGUGAACCCAAGUCUGGUUUGGGUUCAGCUGAGGUCAAAACGAGAGUAGAGAACAGGAAAACAAACGUGAGUCGUUAUUUUAGUCAUAUCAAUCAAGAAACCACAAAUGAAAGACAUGUAGAGACAAACAACUAUGAAGGGUCAACAAUGAAAAGGAAGUUUUCCAAUUUCGAAGACGGUGCUGAAAAAGAAAAUAUGAACCAAAAAUACAUGCGUGCAAGUCGAUCUCCUGCUGAUCAAGGUUUGUGCACUUCCGAGCUUGAUCAAAUGCAAGUAACAAAAGACAAAGAAGAGAAAUUUGGAUGUGAUAUCUCCCAUUUGGGCAAAUACUCCGACAUAGCAGAGAAAUCAAUGGAUAGAUUCAUUUCUGUUAUAUCGUCUUUCAGCUGCACUUCAUCCGGUUCUCGUGCCAGUGGGUUACGAGCCCCUCUUAAGGACGUUCGAAACACAUUUACCAAAAAAUCAUCGUGCAUUAACGAUAUAACCAAAUUUGCAUACACGCCAAGACAAACAAAGCCGUUACCAUCGCAAAGACCCUAA